AUGUGGCUCGAGCGGCACAUGUCGCUGCAAUCCCAACCGAACCUGUUGCAAAACCACGUCAGCCGGCCGUGUCCUGUGCCAGCUGCCAGUCUCAUGGAGGUUAAACCUCGAGCCUGUUCGCUGACUGUUGAUUCCGUGAUGGAAGACACAGAAUCGUCUGACUUUCUAUCCUCUUGCGACUCCCUUUACUCCGCGGAGAGCACCACCACCGGCGACAAAGAGCACGAGAACUAUGAUUUUGACGUCUUCCUCUCUGGUGGCCUGGAGAGGACGCCCAAUGAAGAAGCAGCCUUGGGGUCCGUGGGAUUGAUCUCAAAUUCCCGACUCAACACCAUGGAUCACCCGGCUUUGAUACGCCUCGAGAAUGAGUACCAAGCGCGGAGGUCCUACUGGCAGCGGUCCGGACAAUGUUUCGGUUGUCCUCAAGACACGGAAGGUAGGAUCUCCUACGACAAUCACCCUGGCUUCACGGGCAGCAGGUCUCCUCCGAGCACCAGGAACGAGGAGAAGCCGAUGAAACUGUUUGCCUGCUCAGGGGAGUCAAAUUCCGAGACUCAUCAAGGACUUAAAAGGCAACGGAAUCGGGAGGCAGAAGAGCCUGGGGUUUGGUGGAAGGAGACCCAGAGCGCUUCUCUAUCUGAAGGGGACCGACUCUUUGCUCAAAAGUGCAGAGAGCUUCACGGCUUCAUCAAACCCCUGACGGAUCUUCUAAACGGGCUGAAGAAAGGGCGUUACGACAGAGGUUUAAGCACCUUCCAGCAGAGUGUGGCCAUGGAUCGGAUACAAAGGAUCGUUGGCGUGCUGCAAAAACCAGAAAUGGGCGAACGGUACCUGGGCACGCUGCUUCAAGUGGAAAUGAUGCUAAAGAUAUGGUUCCCCGGUGUUACCAGCUCCUCGUCUGCAUCGUCGUCUUCAGACUGUGAUAUGGAAGAACCGCAGUAUAAGAUAGCCAAGCACCCGAAUGUUGACAGCGCAGAUGCAAGAAGUUGCCCAUCGAGCAAGUCGCCGUCGGCGCGCAGUCACACCGAAGAGAAUCCCACCCGGUGCUCUGCCGCGGACAGCUCCCCCGCAGAAUGCGUCGGCUGCAAAGAACACGUGCGAGCUUUCGCCGAGUUGCCCUCCAUGAAUUUGACCUGGAUGCACUCGGCCCCCAUCUGCAACCCUCCUGUAAGCCCCGCCGAUCUGCGUCAUCUCAACAGGGCUUUUGGGCAGGAAAUCUUUGGGCCGAACGCCAGCAACUGCGGGGUGAUUCUGUUGCUGCACAACGGCGCGGAGCCUCCCUUUCCUUUGGCCAGAUCUGCCUCAACGACGCGGCCCGAGCAGCCGGCGUCGGUCAUUCGCCACACCGAAGAGAUAACGGAAGAGCGGCCCCUCCGAAGCCGGAGCGCUCCUGCCGCGCUCCUCACCGUUUCCAGACCCGGGCUGAUUGAGGCCGGAGGCCGCUCUCGCUCCCUUCCUCGCCUGCCGCUGUGCGCGCAGAAACCUUCCGGGGAGAAGACCUAG